AUGAAGGCAUUUGUUACUGUCGGCUCUACGAGAUUUGAUGAACUUGUUUCUAGCGUUCUGAAUGCUGAUACACAGUACCAACUAGUUCAGCACGGAAUCACUCAACUAAUUGUUCAAUAUGGAAAUGGCAGAGAGGCUUUUGGAACACCAGAGCCUGUUAACGGAAUAUCCAUUUCUGGAUUCGACUAUGCACCAGAAAUUGGAUCAUACAUAGAUUCGUCUUCGGUUGUUAUCUCCCAUGCUGGUGCAGGUAGUAUCCUUCAAUGUCUACGAGCAAAGAAGCCUCUCAUCGUAGUACCGAAUGAAUCUUUGAUGGACAAUCAUCAACUAGAGCUUGGGAAUAAAUUGGCUUCUUUGAAUUACCUGGUAACGUGUUCCUAUAGAAAUCUUCCUCAAGGACUUGAGGCCUUAUUCCGUACUCAGCUAGAACCAUUUCCUGAGCCUGAAUAUUCUGCUUUUCGGAAUGUUCUUAACGAUGUUUUAAUCAAAUAA